CAAGAGUACAGAUGCUACUAGCGGAGCAGCGAUUCACUCUUGCUUCCCAUACAUUAGAGGGGUACCGGCUCGUAUGUCUACCGGUGUGAAGUAUAUUGUCUGUAUUCUCUGCAGCCCCGAUGUGCUUUGCGGACCCCAGUAUCGCAACUUUGUCCUGGACGUGGUGAAGGCGGUGUCACUCUCUUUGAUAGGCCCAUCGGUACCGUCCUCAUCAAAAGCAGGAACCCCAUCUGCAAAGAAGAUUUGGCGCCCCACACGAGUCUUAGCACUCGGAGCAGGGGUCAGAGUUUCCCAAUCCCUCCGUCCCGCAAUUCAAGAACCUCACUUUUUUCCUUCGCGCGGUCCCGGGUUAACUCCACAGCCCGCCGUUCCUACUUCCACCUUUCCCCCCACCCUUCUUGACAGCCCCUGGGUGCGUUGCUGUCUGCGCAGCGCCUUCCACAACCCAGCUUUAAAACCUCGCAUCGCCGCGUCCGUCCGCCCGUCCUCUCGCUUCGAAGCUCCGGUGACGGUCUCAGUUCAAGCCCAGUCGCGCAAUGGCUGCAAACGCGACAAGCUCGCCAUUGGCGACCAUCAGAUUUGGGGCCGCGAACGUGGCGCCCCAGCUCGAGCAUGUCGUCGACUAUGUCUCCAACGCGAGCGCCUGGACCAUCAUUGCGACCGUCCUCGCGGUUCUCGUUGCCUAUGAUCAGUGUAAGUUGGCUGUGGUUCAGACCCGCAACCCCUGGCAAGAUCCGCUGACAGGUUGCGCUCGCAGUCGUGUAUCUCUGGAACAAGGGAUCGAUCGAGGGGCCGGCGUGGAAGAUGCCCUUCAUUGGGCCAUUCCUUCAGUCGGUGAACCCGAAGUUCGAGGAGUACUAUGCAAAGUGGGUGAGCGGCCCGCUCAGCUGCGUCUCGGUCUUUCACAAGUAGGCCACCCUCUGGUCCAAACGGAAAUGAUCCUCUCUGCAGCCCCCUCGGGUCCUGACACACGAUUUCGCCCAGGUUCGUCGUCAUCGCCUCAACCCGUGAU